GCAACUAGCUCAUGGCUCUGGCACAUGGAUAGCAAGCUUCCACGCACCCCUGUCUAUAGCUAGCUCUUUGUCGAUGCUUCAAUCCUUCAUGUCUCUCUUAACGGACUUCUUCCAUGUCAAAUCCAGUAUACCCCGCCCUCUCUUGACAUUCUCCGCACGCUUUAACCGUCCGCUAUGCACUGGAGCUUCUGGAGGCCCGCGUUGAAUAUGCCCAAACCAUCUCAGACGAUGUUGGACAUUCGAGUAGGUAGUAGAUAAAAAAAAUUAUUUUAUAAAACAAUUUGCCAUCCGUGAAGUAUUGGUGAAGUCUAGUAUCCACUCGGGAAUUUUAAAACCGCUCGGUAGCUAUCUGAUGAAGAACAAAAAGCAAUCAACAGACGAGAAAUUUUUAAAAAGCAAAUAAAGAGGGGAUGCUUUGGUAGACGGCCCAGAUACUUCCCCCCACCCCGAACCCCCCGUCGAUUCUCGCCUCCCCCCGACGACCCGCGCGGCGGCGCGCAUCUGGGGCUCCGCCGGCGGCCGGACUACAUGAGACAUAAUGGUGGAUAUCCAGUUAAGCUGUUACACUAUAAAGUCCCAUGGAGCCAAAAUUGCAAGACUCCACAUGACAUGAUGACUGACUUGAGAUAUCCCUUACAGGGCAAUACUGUGCCCUUUUGUCCUGUUCCGCUCAUUGGAAUCGUCCUACCCUGUGUCAUCUUUGGUGGAAUUUACUUCAAGAAGAAGAAUUUCUAUGAUUUGCACCAUGGCAUACUGGGUAUUCUUUAUUCGGUGCUCAUAACUGCAGUGAUUACUGAUGCAAUUAAGGAUGGAGUUGGCCGACCGCGUCCUGAUUUCUUCUGGCGCUGUUUCCUAGAUGGAAAGGAUCUUUAUGAUAAUGUCACUACUGGCGUUCUGUGCCAUGGGGAGAAGAGUGUAAUCAAGGAAGGUCACAAGAGCUUCCCAAGUGGACACGCAUCAUGGUCUUUCGCCGGCCUGGGCUUCCUCAUGUGGUACCUAACUGGGAAAAUCGCGGUUUUCGACCGCAAAGGCCACAUCGCAAAACUGUGCAUCAUUGUUCUGCCUCUGCUUACUGCCGCGCUCGUUGCCGUUUCCCGAGUGGACGACUACUGGCAUCACUGGCAAGAUGUGUUUGCAGGAGCCAUCAUAGGAUUGUGGCCUUACGCGUACAACACCCUCCAGCUAGCCGAGGCGGGCAUCGCAGCAAACUCCUUCGGCGUGCGGCCCACGGAGGAGACAGUGGAAGAAGGGCAAGGUGAGGGUGGGAUCGCCCUGAGAGACGCCGUGCGGCCCAUGGAGGAGACGGUAGAAGAAGGGCGAGGCCGGGGCGGGGUCGCCCUAUGAUAUGAUGAGAACUAGGAGUGGAAGGAUCCGACGACGCCCUGACUACAACGACCGUCCGUGGGUUUGACGUUUUCGAUGCACCGUCGCAGGCGGCUGUCUGGGAGUUGUUUUUCUCAUGCACACUUUGGUUUGAUUGGUGUGUCAUUGACCUGCUGG